GGAGUUUGUUCCAUUGUUGAACUAAUUCCUCUUGAGGUGACCUGGAUAAUGCAGGGGAACUCUGACCUGAACCAAAAGGCUUUGGACCAUUGUGUAGACUGAAGCUUAACCAGCACAUGAGGGCACAAACACUUCAGGGCAUGAGAGCAGACUGCUAGCAUCAGCUUCAGCUUUUUAUGAGGAGGAAGACCCGCUUCAGCCACCAUGUCCAUUGACAAGCUCCUCCCGGCUCUCCUGGAGUGUUUUGGAAUAAUAAUAUGCGGAUACGUCGCAGGGAGAGCAGACAUCAUCACCUCCACCCAGGCUAAAGGAUUGGGGAAUUUUGUCUCCAAGUUUGCCCUCCCUGCACUGCUGUUCAAGAACAUGGUCCUGCUGGACUUUGGUAAUGUCAUCUGGCCAUUCCUGUGGAGCAUCCUCAUAGCCAAAGUGUGUGUAUUUUUCAUUGUGUGUGUCCUAACGUUGAUAAUCGCCAGCCCUCAUGACCGCUUCAGCCAGGCUGGGAUUUUCUCAAUAUUUGCAACCCAAAGCAAUGAUUUUGCUCUGGGAUAUCCCAUAGUGGAGGCCAUUUACAAGAAAACAAACCUAUACUACCCCCAGUACAUCUACCUGGUGGCACCUGUGUCACUGAUGAUUCUCAACCCCAUCGGCUUUGCCUUCUGUGAGAUCCAGAAAUGGAAGAAUCAAGAAACUCACCAGCAGAGCAAACUUUUGAUCGUGGGAAUUGUAAUUUUGCAGGUCCUGAAAAACCCUAUAGUGUUCAUGGUUAUCAUCGGCCUCGUUGCCCACAUCCUUCUGCAGCACAAUAUUCCUCCAUUCAUGAAUGAAUUUGUGGAUUGCUUGGCUGACUCUUUUGGUGGAGCAGCUCUUUUCUACUUGGGUCUGUCCAUGGUGGGUCAGAUGCGGAAACUGACCAGGUCCACAUUUGUUAUACUGGUGUUACUUCUUACAGCUAAACUGUUGCUAAUGCCCUUGAUCUGCAAGAACAUGGUGGAUCUGUUGGACCAUACCAACGUGAGCGCUUUGAACCACUCCAGCCUCUCCAAUUAUGCUUUUCUUUAUGGAGUGUUUCCCACUGCACCAAGUGUGGCCAUCUAUGCUGUCUAUUAUAACGUAGAGAUUGAAGUUGUAACCUCUGGGAUGGUGAUCAGCACUUUUCUCUCAGCUCCAAUCAUGUAUGUUUCUGCCUGGUUACUGUCAAUCCGUCAAAUGGAUCGGCAGCUUGUGAUGGCUUCACUGCAGAGUGUCAGCUUUAACAUCAGCAUACUGAGCAUAGUUUUACUGAUUUGGACCUUUGCUGUUAUUUUUUUGACUAAGAAAGUCAAAAGACUACCUCAUAUGCUAACAGCUAACCUCUUCCUAGCACAGUUUAUAACCUGCAUUGGGAUGAUACUUUGGACCUAUGUGGCUCCAAUGGACAACUUUGUCGGGCAGGUCCUGACUUUCACCAUACUCUGUACCUCACUUUACAGCACAUAUGUAUGGCCAGCCAUAAUAGCUCUCUCUCUUGUGCUCAUGAAGAGGUUUGGGGAUCUGAAAGUUUCACCAGGCAUGCUGGUCCUUGCAGGGUGGGGGGUUCCAGCUUUAAUAACAGCUGUGUUACUCUUUUCUGGGGAAAAAACAUCCGACACGAUGGACUCAACAUUCAUUUAUGGCAAGCAGCAGAUAAUCUGCACCUCAGUGGUAGCUUUCCUCAGUAUACUGCUGGGAGGAGGGUCUCUUGUAUGUCUCAGCAAAGGAAACAGGACCCCGCAAGAAAAUGCUAGUGAAGGACCCUCUGCAGAGACUCUUGGAACUGAAGUUGAACCAGUGAUCCAGACGAAUUUUGAACCUGUCAGUCAAUCAGGAGAGCUUUCCAGAGGUCAAGGGGGGAACAGCUGCUCGUCCAAAGACUGUCUGCUUGUUCGUAUGGAAAACCUCCGUCAGGCUCCUGAUGGACAAGUGGCCCGUCAUGAGCUCUUGUGUCUGCUUCUGACUGUCAGCUUGCUGGCUAACUUAUCCAGCUGCUUGUGGUUGCUCUUUUACCAUGUUCCUGGUAAACUAUACUUGGAGCUGCAGUUCUUCUGCGCUGUGGCCAACUAUGGACAGGGGUUUCUCUCUUUUGCUGUGUUUGGUCUGGACAAGCACCUGAUGAUAUUGCUAUUUCGAAAGAGGUUUGGACAAAAAGAUUUUGAUAUUAAAAUAAAAGUGCCUAUCAUGGCCCCUAAGAGGAGAUGGGCUAAUCGGGCCGUAAAGAAGAAGAGGCCUUUUAAGACCCCUGUAGAGACCAAGCCAGAGGAGAUCCUUCCAAUCCCACAGAAAAUAAGCACCAGCAGCCCAGAGAAAAAGGAUCCAGGGCAGGUGGGUUCAACAGUGGAAUAUGUACAAGAGGAGAAAAAGGUGAUGAUUCAUUACCUGCCCCAUGUACGUGAUCUGCCAAGAGCCAAGGAGGAUCCUAGACCCAGUGGGAGUGAGACAAAACCACAAGGGAAAGACAUUAAGAGGAAAAAGAGGGUAAAAAAAUGA